AUGUCGGAUUCCAUCCGCUCCGUCUCAAUGGGCGAGGCGCCCCCUCGCGUCUCCGCCGACCAGGCCCUCGCCCGCCUGGGCUACAAGGCCGAGCUCCCGCGCAACCUCUCCAUGCUCUCCAUCCUCGGCCUCUCCUUCGCCAUCAUGGCCGUGCCCUUCGGCCUCUCCACGACAAUGUACAUCACCCUCACCAACGGCCAGGCCGUCACCGUCCUCUGGGGCUGGGUCCUCGUCUCCAUCAUCUCGCUCUGCAUCGCCGCCUCCCUCGCCGAGAUCUGCGCCGUCUACCCGACCGCCGGCGGCGUCUACUACUGGUCCGCCAUGCUCGCCCCCGCCGGCUGGGCGCCCAUGGUCAGCUUUGUGGAUGGCUGGCUGACGCUCGUGGGGAACUGGACCGUCACGCUUAGCAUCAACUUCAGCGGCGCGCAGUUGAUUCUGAGUGCGAUUAGCAUUUUUAAUGAGGACUUUGUCGCGAACGAGUGGCAGACUGUGCUGUGCUUCUGGGCUGUGAUGCUCGUGUGUGCGAGCGUGAACGCGUUCGGGUCGCGGUAUCUGGAUUUGAUCAACAAGGUCUGCAUCUACUGGACCGGCGCCUCUGUGCUCAUCAUCCUGGUCACGAUCCUGGUCAUGGCGCCCAGCAAGCGCUCUGCCGAGUUUGUGUUUUCGCAUUACGAUGCUUCGGCUAGUGGAUGGCCCUCCGGGUGGUCCUUCUUCGUCGGUCUGCUUCAAGCCGCCUACACCCUCACCGGCUACGGCAUGGUCGCCUCCAUGUGCGAAGAGGUCCAGAACCCCGAGCGCGAAGUCCCCCGCGCCAUCGUCCUCUCCGUCGCCGCCGCCGGCGUCACCGGCGUCAUCUACCUCAUCCCCAUCCUCUUCGUCCUCCCCGACGUCACCAUGCUCCUCGAGGUCGCCAACUCCCAACCCAUCGGCCUGCUCUUCAAGACCGUCACCGGCUCCGCCGCCGGCGGCUUCGGCCUGCUGUUUUUGAUCCUGGGCAUCCUCAUGUUCGCCGGCAUCGGCGCCCUCACGGCCGCGUCACGCUGCACCUACGCCUUUGCCCGCGACGGCGCCAUCCCGGGCUACAAGCUCUGGAGCAAGGUCAACCACAAGCUCGACAUGCCGCUGUGGGCGCUGUUCCUCUCCACGGCGGUCGACUGCGUGCUGGGGUGCAUUUACUUUGGCUCCUCGGCGGCGUUCAACUCGUUCACGGGCGUGGCGACGAUCUGCCUGUCGACGAGUUACGGUGUGCCUGUGCUGGUGAACCUGAUCCAGCGCAGGAAGGCGGUGGCGAACUCGCCGUACCCGCUGGGCAAGUUCGGCACGCUGAUCAACUGCAUCUGCAUCGUGUGGAUCGUGUUCGCGGUGGUGAUCUUCUGCAUGCCGGUUAGCUUGCCCGUGGACGCGUCGACGAUGAACUACGCUAGUGUGGUGUUUGCUGGGUUCGCAUUCAUUGCGGUUGUGUGGUACUUUGCGUACGCGAGGAAGAACUUCCACGGCCCCCCGGUUGCGAAGGAGGAGUUCCAGCCGGGCGAGGAUGGGGUUAUGGAGGGGAAGGUGCCGGCUGGGGCUGUUGAUUCUGAGACUACGGGCAGCGCGGAGAAGAAGUAA